AUGUUUCCACAAUGGUUGGGCCCUGGCUUCACCGCCCUCUAUAUAUCCUUUGACGCCACCAACGUCUUAAAUGGCCAGGUCACACUGGGCACUUUCCUUGCGACCAUCAGCAUUCUGGGAAGCAUCAGCGGCCAGUUUGCGAGGGCUUAUGGUGUUAUCCUGGACAUCCUGGAGCUGGCGGCUCCAGUGCAGAAGUUGACCGGCUUCUACAACAAGCCUACGGACCUGAUGACCUGGAAGGGCGUAAACCGGCAGCGGCGCGAGAACACGAAGGCAGCUCGCAAAGCCCUCCUGGAGAAGGAGGCGGCGGGUGGACCUCCAGUGCUUUACAAGACCGACCUCAUUGAAAUGAGGCUACAGGGCGUGUGCUAUGCAAACCCCGCCAAGACGCUCUUCAGCAAAGUUGACGUCACCAUUCCACAAGGAAAGCUCGUGGCAGUGAAUGGGUCGCAUGGCUCCGGGAAAGCCACCUUGAUGAGGCUGCUCGCCCACAUCAUCUUCCCUCAGGACGGCUGCAUCUUCGUCCCGUCGCACCUUCGCAUCCUUCAUCUGGCGCAGGAGCCGAUGCUCUUAAAUGCUUCUGCCUGGGUGAACCUGGUCUUCGGGGUCGGAGACCGACCGGUCGUCCCAAAGCGGAUCCGCACAAUCCUCGAGAUGAUGGGGAUGCAGGCCACCCUGAAGCUGAUCGAGGAGGACCUGGAUCGCGUGGCGAGAGAGGGACGCCGGGCGGCGGGAGAUACCUGGAAUCGGCCGCCGGACAACAAGUGGAUGGAUGGCAUCACCUACACAGAGAAGGUGAAGAUCAACCUUGCUCGCGCCAUGAUCAUGAAUCCGGAAGUCAUGGUCGCCCAGCGGCCGCUUCACCACUACGAUGCCAAAACUGCCGUCCAAAUGACGAAGCUGCUGCGAGCACACGUGGAAGAGAGGGGCUUGGUCUUGCCAGAGGAUCAGCGCAUCCACCGACGGCCGCGGACGUGUUUCUUCACACUGGAAAAUGCUGAACAGGCAAACGAUGCUGACAUGACUUUGCACAUCCAAGAGGACUGCAGUGUUCGGAUGGACAGCCGGGACAAGCCCACGGAGGACAAGCCUGCAGUGGAGAAGCCUGCAGAGGACACGCCUGCGGAGGAAAAGCCCCCAGAGGACAAGCCUGCGGAUGAGAAGCCCGCGGAGGAAAAGCCUGCGGAGGAGGACCAGCCGAUGGAAGAGAAGCCUGUGGAGUGA